GAGGGGCUCGCAGAGCUGAGGACGCGCGCGGCGCUGCUCAAGGUCUCUCUCUCCGCACCCUCGCCGGCUGGCAUCUGACGCGGCUGUCAGGGGGCUCCGGACGCCUUUCAGUGUCCCUUCCCUCAGCCGGCCGGGACUCCGCAACCCAGACGCUGCCGCUGCGGCCACCGCCCGAGGGGACCUGCGGACAGGACGCCGGCAGGAGGAGGGGUGCGCAGCGCCCGCGCAGAGCGUCCCUCCCGCGGCGCACCGAGACCCGGGCCUCCCGGCCCCAGAAGCCCCCGCCGCCUCGCCAGGUGUAUGGGACUGAAGUUCUUGGAGAAGGGAGCCCAACUCUUCAAGGUGAACUAUGACCACUCUACUCUUGGUGUUUGUGACUCUGAGGGUCAUCGCAGCAGCCAUCUCAGUAGAAGUUUCAGACCCUGACAACUCGCUGAGUGUCAGCAUCCCUGAACCAUCCCCCCUGCGGGUCCUGCUGGGAAGCUCCCUCACCAUCCCCUGCUAUUUCAUCCACCCCAUGCACCCCGUGACCACCGCCCCCUCCACCGCCCCUCUCGCCCCGAGAAUCAAGUGGAGCCGUGUUUCCAAGGAGAAGGAGGUGGUGCUGCUGGUGGCCACCGAAGGGCAGGUGCGGGUCAACAGUGCCUACCAAGACAAGGCCACGCUGCCCAAUUACCCGGCCAUCCCCAGCGAUGCCACCCUGGAAAUCCAGAACCUGCGCUCCAAUGACUCUGGGAUCUAUCGCUGUGAGGUGAUGCACGGCAUCGAGGACAGUGAGGCCACUGUGGAGGUCGUGGUGAAAGGCAUCGUGUUCCAUUACAGAGCCAUCUCCACGCGCUACACCCUGGACUUUGACAGGGCCCAGCGGGCCUGCCUGCAGAACAGUGCCAUCAUCGCCACGCCCGAACAACUGCAGGCCGCCUAUGAGGACGGCUUCCACCAGUGCGAUGCCGGCUGGCUGGCCGACCAGACCGUCAGGUACCCCAUCCACACUCCGAGGGAAGGCUGCUAUGGGGACAAGGAUGAGUUUCCCGGCGUGAGAACCUAUGGCAUUCGUGACACCAAUGAGACCUAUGAUGUGUACUGCUUCGCGGAGGAGAUGGAGGGUGAGGUCUUUUAUGCAACAUCCCCGGAGAAGUUCACCUUCCAGGAGGCAGCCAACGAGUGCCGGCGGCUGGGCGCCCGGCUGGCCACCACCGGCCAGCUCUACCUGGCCUGGCAGGGCGGCAUGGACAUGUGCAGCGCCGGCUGGCUGGCCGACCGCAGCGUGCGCUACCCUAUCUCCAAGGCCCGGCCCAACUGCGGGGGCAACCUCCUGGGCGUGAGGACCGUCUACCUGCACGCCAACCAGACGGGCUACCCUGACCCCUCAUCCCGCUACGACGCCAUCUGCUACACAGGUGAAGACUUUGUGGACAUCCCAGAAAGCUUCUUCGGGGUGGGUGGUGAGGAGGACAUCACCAUCCAGACGGUGACCUGGCCUGAAGUGGAGCUGCCCCUGCCCCGAAACAUCACCGAGGGCGAAGCCCGAGGCACCGUCAUCCUCACGGUGAAACCCGUCUUUGAUGUGUCCCCCACUGGCCUGGAGCCUGAGGAGCCUUUCACAUUUGCAACUCACGUAGAGACCACUGCCUUCCCAGAGGCUGAGAACAGGACAGGAGAGGCCACCAGGCCCUGGGCCUUUACCGAGGAGUCCACGCCUGUCCUGGGCUCCCCCACGGCCUUCACCAGUGCAGACCUUGUUGUGCAGGUGACCGCAGUCCCAGGUGCAGCUGAGGUCCCAGGGCAGCCACGACUGCCGGGGGGGGUUGUGUUCCACUACCGCCCGGGCUCCUCCCGCUACUCGCUAACCUUCGAGGAGGCACAGCAGGCCUGCCUGAGCACCGGGGCCGUCAUCGCCUCACCGGAGCAGCUCCAGGCUGCCUAUGAAGCAGGCUACGAGCAGUGUGACGCCGGCUGGCUACAGGACCAGACCGUCAGAUACCCCAUUGUGAGCCCACGGACCCCAUGUGUGGGUGACAAGGACAGCAGCCCAGGGGUCAGGACCUACGGUGUGCGGCCACCAUCAGAAACCUAUGAUGUCUACUGCUACGUGGACAGGCUCGAGGGGGAGGUGUUCUUCGCCACACGCCUGGAGCAGUUCACCUUCCAGGAAGCCCAGGAGUUCUGUGAAUCCCAAAAUGCCACACUGGCCUCCACGGGCCAGCUCUAUGCUGCCUGGAGCCGUGGCCUGGACAAGUGCUAUGCCGGCUGGCUGUCCGACGGCAGCCUCCGCUACCCCAUCGUCACCCCAAGGCCUGCCUGCGGUGGGGAAAAGCCAGGCGUGAGAACCGUCUACCUCUACCCUAACCAGACAGGCCUCCUGGACCCAUUGUCCCGGCACCACGCCUUCUGCUUCCGAGGUGUCUCAGUGGCGCCCUCUCCAGGAGAAGAGGAGGGUGGCACAGCCACACCACUCCCUGGCGUGGAGGACUGGAUCGCUACCCACGUGGAGCCCGGUGUGGCUGCUGUCCCCGUGGGGGAGGGGACGACUGCAAUCUCAGAGUUCACCACUGAGCCAGAAAAGCAGACGGAGUGGGAAGCCCCCUACACCCCAGUGGGCACUUCCCCACUGCCAGGGAUCCCUCCUACGUGGCCUCCCACUAGCGCACCAACAGAGGAGAGCACAGCAGGCCCUUCUAUAACAGAAGUGCCCUUCACCUCAGAGAAGCCAUUCCCCUCAGAGAAGCCAUUCCCCUCAGAGGAGCCAUUCCCCUCGGAGAAACCAUUCCCCUCAGAGGAACCAUUUCCCUCGGAGAAGCCAUUCCCCUCAGAGGAGCCGUUCCCCUCAGAGGAGCCAUUCCCCUCAGAGAAGCCAUCCACACUUUCAGCCCCAGUGCCCAGUAGGACCGAGCUGCCAGGCUCUGGGGAGGUAUCUGGGGUACCCGAAGUCAGUGGUGACUUCACAGGCAGUGGAGAAGUUUCAGGACACCUGGACUCCAUUUGGCAGCCCUCAGGGGAAAGUGCAAGUGGACUGCCCUCUGAAGACCUUGACUCUAGUGGGCUAACCUCUGCAGUGGGCUCAGGCCUGCCUGUGGAAAGUGGACUGGCUUCAGGGGAUGAGGAUAGAAUUAUAUGGCCCAGCACUCCUAAAGUUGACAGGUUGCCCUCAGGAGGUGAGGUACCAGAGGUCUCUGCUUCUGGAGUAGGGGACCUCAGUGGGCUACCCUCUGGAGAAGGUCCAGAAGUCUCUGUUUCUGGAGUAGAGGAUCUCAGCAGACUUCCUUCUGGAGAAGGUCCAGAAAUCUCUGUUUCUGGAGUAGAGGACCUCAGCGGACUUCCUUCUGGAGAAGGUCCAGAAGUCUCUGUUUCUGGAGUAGAGGACCUCAGCAGACUUCCUUCUGGAGAAGGUCCAGAAGUCUCUGCCUCUGGAGUAGAGGACCUCAGCAGACUUCCUUCUGGAGAAGGUCCAGAAGUCUCUGUUUCUGGAGUAGAGGACCUCAGCAGACUUCCUUCUGGAGAAGGUCCAGAAGUCUCUGUUUCUGGAGUAGAGGACCUCAGCAGACUUCCUUCUGGAGAAGGUCCAGAAGUCUCUGUUUCUGGAGUAGAGGACCUCAGCGGACUUCCUUCUGGAGAAGGUCCAGAAGUCUCUGUUUCUGGAGUAGAGGACCUCAGCAGACUUCCUUCUGGAGAAGGUCCAGAAGUCUCUGCCUCGGGAGUAGAGGAUCUCAGCAGACUUCCUUCUGGAGAAGGUCCAGAAGUCUCUGUUUCUGGAGUAGAGGACCUCAGCAGACUUCCUUCUGGGGAAGGUCCAGAAGUCUCUGCCUCUGGAGUAGAGGACCUCAGUAGACUUCCUUCUGGAGAAGGUCCAGAAGUCUCUGCCUCUGGAGUAGAGGAUCUCAGCAGACUUCCUUCUGGAGAAGGUCCAGAAGUCUCUGUUUCUGGAGUAGAGGACCUCAGCAGACUUCCUUCUGGAGAAGGUCCAGAAGUCUCUGCCUCUGGAGUAGAGGACCUCAGCAGACUUCCUUCUGGGGAAGGCCCAGAAGUCUCUGCCUCUGGAGUAGAGGACCUCAGCAGACUUCCUUCUGGAGAAGGUCCAGAAGUCUCUGUUUCUGGAGUAGAGGAUCUCAGCAGACUUCCUUCUGGAGAAGGUCCAGAAGUCUCUGCCUCUGGAGUAGAGGACCUCAGCAGACUUCCUUCUGGAGAAGGUCCAGAAGUCUCUGCCUCUGGAGUAGAGGAUCUCAGCAGACUUCCUUCUGGAGAAGGUCCAGAAGUCUCUGUUUCUGGAGUAGAGGACCUCAGCAGACUUCCUUCUGGAGAAGGUCCAGAAGUCUCUGCCUCUGGAGUAGAGGACCUCAGUAGACUUCCUUCUGGAGAAGGUCCAGAAGUCUCUGCCUCUGGAGUAGAGGAUCUCAGCAGACUUCCUUCUGGAGAAGGUCCAGAAGUCUCUGUUUCUGGAGUAGAGGACCUCAGCGGACUUCCUUCUGGAGAAGGUCCAGAAGUCUCUGCUUCUGGAAUAGAGGAUCUCAGUGGACUUGCUUCUGCAGGAGAGCGUCUAGAGAUUCCUGCUUCUGGAGUAGAGGACCUCAGUGGACUUCCUUCUGGAGAAGUUCUAGAGACCUCUGCCUCUGGAGUAGAAGACUUCACUAAACUUCCUUCUGGAGGUGAAGAUCAUCUAGAGACUUCUGCUUCAGGAGUAGGAGACCUUAGUGGACUUCCUUCUGGAAGGGAAAGUCUGGAGAGCUCUGCUUCUGGAGCUGAGGAUCUCAGUGGGUUGACUACUGGAAAAGAAGACUUGAUUGGUUCAGCUUCUGGAGAUUUGGACUUUGGCAGAAUACCUUCUGAAACUCUAGGAAGUGGACAAGCUCCAGAAGCAGGUGGCCUUCCCUCUGGAUUUAGUGGUGAGUAUUCUGGAGUGGACCUUGGAAGUGGCCCAUCCUCUGGCCUUCCUGACUUUAGUGGACUUCCAUCUGGUUUCCCAACUGUCUCCCUAGUGGAUACUACGUUGGUGGAAGUGGUCACAGCCACCACUGCCGGUGAACUAGAAGGAAGGGGAACCAUUGGCAUCAGUGGUGCUGGAGAAACAUUUGGGCUGCCCUUCAGUGAGUUGGACAUUAGUGGGGGAGCAAGUGGACUCCCUUCAGGAGCUGAACUCAGUGGCCAGGCAUCUGGGUCUCCUGACAUUAGUGGGGAAACAUCUGGACUCUUUGAUGUCAGUGGACAGCCAUCAGGGUUUCCUGACAUUAGUGGGGGAACAUCUGGGUUUUUUGAGGUCAGUGGGCAGCCAUCGGGGUUUUCUGGGGAAAUAUCUGGCGUGACUGAGCUUAGUGGACUAUCCUCCGGACAACCUGAUAUCAGCGGAGAAACUUCUGGAGUUCUUUCUGGCAUUGGUCAACCAUUUGGCAUAACCGACCUGAGUGGAGAAACAUCUGGGAUCCCUGAUCUCAGUGGGCAGCCAUCAGGGCUCCCCGGGUUCAGUGGGACAACAUCCGGAAUCCCUGGCCUGGUUUCUGGUGCCAUGAGUGGCAGUGGUGAAUCUUCUGGCAUUACAUUCGUGGACACCAGUUUGGUUGAGGUGACCCCAACUACAUUUAAAGAAGAAGAAGGUUUAGGAUCCGUGGAACUCAGUGGCCUCCCUUCAGGAGAGGCAGAACUCUCAGGCACAUCUGGAAUAGUGGAUGUCAGUGGACUAUCUUCUGGAGCAAUUGAGUCCAGUGGGUUUACAUCCCAGCCUCCAGAAUUCAGUGGCCUGCCAAGUGGAGUAGCUGAAGUCAGUGGAGAAUCCUCUGGAGCUGAGACUGGGAGCAGCCUGCCCUCAGGAGCAUAUGACGGCAGUGGACUUCCAUCUGGUAUCCCCACUGUCUCUCUUGUAGACAGAACUUUGGUGGAAUCUGUAACCCAGGCUCCAACAGCCCAGGAAGCAGGAGAAGGGCCUUCGGGCAUUUUGGAACUUAGUGGUGCCCAUUCUGGAGCACCAGACAUGUCUGGAGAUCAUUCAGGACUUUUGGACCUAAGUGGGCUUCAGUCUGGGCUGGUAGAACUCAGUGGAGAGCCAUCAAGCACUCCAUAUUUUAGUGGGGACUUUUCUGGCACCACUGAUGUAAGUGGGGAAUCCUCUGCAGCCACAAGCACCAGUGGGGAGGCCUCAGGUCUCCCAGAAGUGACUUUAAUCAGCUCUGCGUUUGUGGAGGGUGUUACUGAACCAACUGUUUCCCAGGAACUCGGCCAAAGACCCCCUGUAACGUACACCCCCCAGCUUUUUGAGUCCAGUGGAGAAGCGUCUGCAUCUGGGGAUGCACCAAGGUUCCCUGGGUCUGGGGUAGAAGGGUCAUCAGUCCCAGAAUCUGGCAGUGAGACACCUGCCUACCCUGAGGCCGAGGUGGGGGUAUCGGCUGCGCCUGAGGUCAGCGGAGGCACUUCUGGGUCCCCUGAUCUGAUUGAAACCACCUCCGCCUUCCACGAAACUGACCUGGAGGGAGCCUCAAGCCUGGGAGUGAGCGGCAGCACCUCAGCCUUUCAGGAAGUCCCCAGGGAGGGCUCAGCCACCCCAGAAGUGAGUGGAGAGUCAACCACCACCUAUGAUGUGGGCACAGAGGCAUCGGGCUCUCCGGCCACUCCCGUGGCUUCUGGAGACAGGACUGAAAUCAGCGGAGACCUGUCUGGCCACACCUCGGGGUUGAAUGUUAUCAUCAGCACCACCAUCCCAGAGUCUGAGCGGACCCAGGAGACCCAGCGCCCUGCAGAGGCGCAUCUAGAAAUUGAGUCCUCAAGCCCCGUGCACUCAGGAGAAGAGACCCAAACAGCCGAAACAGUCACCUCCCCGACAGAUGCUUCCAUCCCAGCCUCUCCGGGAGGAACAGAUGAAUCAGAGGCAACCAUGGCAGCCCCUGCCAGGUCCUGUGCCGAGGAGCCCUGUGGUACUGGAACCUGCCAGGAGACGGAGGGACACGUCAUAUGCCUGUGCCCCCCUGGCCACACUAGCAAGCACUGGGACAUAGACAUUGACGAGUGCCUCUCAAGCCCUUGUCUGAACGGAGCCACCUGCCUGGACGCCAUCGACUCUUUCACAUGCUUAUGCCUUCCCAGCUACCAAGGGGACCUGUGUGAGAUCGACCAGAAGCUGUGUGAGAAGGGCUGGACCAAGUUCCAGGGCCACUGUUACCGCCACUUCCCCGACCGGGAGACCUGGGUGGAUGCCGAGAGCCGGUGCCGGAAGCAGCAGGCACACCUGAGCAGCAUCGUCACCCCAGAGGAGCAAGAGUUUGUCAACAACAAUGCUCAGGACUACCAGUGGAUUGGCCUGAAUGACAAGACCAUCGAAGGGGACUUCCGCUGGUCAGAUGGACACUCCUUGCAAUUUGAGAACUGGCGCCCCAACCAGCCUGACAACUUCUUUGCCGCUGGGGAGGACUGCGUGGUGAUGAUCUGGCAUGAGAAGGGCGAGUGGAAUGAUGUUCCCUGCAAUUACCAGCUGCCCUUCACGUGUAAAAAGGGCACAGUGGCCUGCGGAGAGCCCCCCGUGGUGGAGCACGCCAGGAUCUUCGGGAAGAAGAAGGAUCGGUAUGAGAUCAAUUCCCUGGUGCGGUACCAGUGCAAUGAGGGCUUCAUCCAGCGCCACAUGCCCACCAUCCGGUGCCAGCCCAGCGGGCAGUGGGAGGAGCCUCGGAUCACCUGCACAGACCCCGCCACCUACAAGCGCAGACUACAGAAGCGGAGCUCCCGGCCCCUGAGGAGGAGCCGCCCCAGCACAGCCCACUGAGAAGAGCUUCCAGGACGUGCCCAGGAUGCUGAGCCCAGGAGCCUCGCCAGGCUGACAUCCCACACGGAUGGUGUCCUCUCCUUGUCGCUUUCUGUCAUAUAAGGAAUUCCAUUAAAGAAGGAAAAAAAAAUCCCACAUUGUGUAUGCACCCGCCCACCCCCCAAAUCGCCAAAACUGCAUCUAAUUUUCCACCCAAAUGCCAAAGCAAAGCAAAUGUAUUGUAACCCGUGGACUGAGUUUAGAGACAUUUCUUCAAUCUCCCGUCGUGCCUUUCCAGGGACCAGCGCAGGGAUAGGGGGAGAAGGGGAGGGGUUAAGUUAAAUAAAGAAGAUUAUUUUUUGUUUCCUGAUUUUAUCCAAGAGCAGUGCAAUUGUUGGUUCUUUCACUUCCAGGGAGAGCUAGGGAGGAGGGAGGAAGGGGCAGAGGCCUGAGGGCGUGAAGAACUCGGAACCGCAGCUGAAUGUAUCGGAUGAGAAGGAGUUGGAGGGCUGCACCAUCGGUGUUGGGGAGAAGCCUGGGGGAGGGGGGUUCCGGCUGGCCAAGGGUGAGCGGGCAGGAGAAAGCCAUGGAGGGGUCUUCUGCUGCGUGGGGGCCGGAGUCCCUCUGAGGGUCCCUCUUUCAGAGUCCUCUCACCCAGGUCUGCCACCCUAGCAGGUAUCCAUCUCGGCAGGACUGGGUGGGGGGCACUGCCUUCCAAGUGGGAGUGCCCCCCACCCCAUAUCCCUCCUUCCCCCACCCCCGGGACCGUGCAGGCACCAGGGUUCCGUGCACCUAUUUAUAUUUUUGAAAACUAAAGAUUAUGAUAAUUAUAAUAAUAAUAAAGACAU